GUUGUGCAGCAGCCAUUUUGUCUGUUCAUGCAAGUCCACCCCUCACGUUCAAGAACUGCGUUCCCACUUCGAAAUUACCCGAAAUAUUGUAUUUAUAUCGCUUUAUUUAUAAUAUGUAGUACUUUAAAACGGAUUUAAAAAAUCCGUUUAAUAUUAAAAGUUCGAAAAGGAUAUUUUCUUCGAAAUAAAUAUCGUAAUUUGUGUUGUGCGCACGGAUAAUUAAGGUUAUGUCGUGCGAGGAAAGCUACUUAGCCAUCAGACGUUAUCUGUCCGACGAGCGGGAGCCGUACGCACCGGGGACCCAUGGCAAUACUAAAAGAAAGAUACGUAAAGCAGCCGCUUGCUAUGUCGUGCGGAAUGGCACACUGUACUACCAGAGAAGGCAGAAGGGCCUGGAUGAAUUCACCGAGUUGGAAGUGGUGUUGCAGGCAGGACGGAGGAAGGAACUUAUCGACGAGUCACACAUUGUGGCCGGAGGAGAGCACCUCAACCAGCAUCACACUUGGGAAUCAAUUUCUCAGAAGUAUUGGUGGAGAGGUAUCCUGAAGCAGGUGAAGGACUACAUGAGACAAUGUAGUCAGUGUCAGAACAGACAGGACCGGAGGGGGCUAUCGGAGGACGAUACCGGACCCAGGCUGGUUGGCCGACCAGGGAGACGCAGGAGGGUCACAACCCCAGCCAGCGAGGAAGAGGAGGAAGAGGAGGAGGAGGAGGAGGGAGACGACGAGAUGGACUUUGUGACUUCCGUCCAUCACAAGACCCGAAGCCCCAAAACAGUAGCCAAACACGAACUGGUCUUUGUGGACAGUAAAGGAGUGGUGAAGCAGUACCUUCCCAGACACGGUCAGACGAUGCUGGACAAGCUGAACCAGCAGCGCCUCAACAACCAGUUCUGUGACAUCACGCUGCUGAUCGAGGGGGAGGAGCACAGGGCCCACAAGGCUGUGCUGGCCGCCUGCAGCGACUACUUUAAUGAGCUGUUCAUAGAGAAGGGAGCUGUGUCCAGUCACGAAGCGGUGGUCGACCUCUCAGGUUUCAGCAAGGUCAGUUUCCUCCCCCUGCUAGAGUUUGCAUACACCUCCAACCUCUGCUUCAACUUCUGUGUGAUGGCCGACGUUGCCACGCUGGCCCGACACCUUCUGAUGGCCGAGGUCCUUCAGAUCUGUGAGUCCGUCCACAAAAAGGUAGAGGAGCAGAAGCUGAUGGUCUACCAGCAAGGAGACAUCCACACGGUGCUGUCCAGCCAGCCGACACCCCAACAGGCCCCGAAUGAAGACCCUGGGGCCUACAUUAUGACCAUCGGCAGCGACGGCCAUGCCGUGGUGACUCAUACUGGGCUAGCUGGAGCAGGGGAUGACCUGGACUCCUUGGCUACCAUGGCAAACACAGCAGAGUCCUUCAGAGGGGAUCUGACGUCUGUAGUCACCCAGGCUCUGGGAGGUGAACCAGGGGAGACUAUGACCGUGGUUGGGGAGGCAGGGUCAGAGACGGUGACUUUAGUCACCCACAGUAGCCAGGCCCGGGUAGGCGAGUCGGUCACCCUCUUCUCCCCUACUGGAGAGACCGAGACCAUGACGGUGGUGACCCACAGUGGCCAGGCCGGAGCCAGUGAGUCCCUGGCCGUGGUGUCAGCCUGUCUGGCCCUGGAGCAGCAGCCGCAAGACGGGGACGAGGGAGAGGGGGCCUCCCCCUCCAUGGAGCCAGGGGCCUUCCUCAUCAGUGUGGACCCAGGGAAUGUUGCCCCUACAGAGGUGGUCCAUCUGGCUGUAGUGACACUAACACCACAGGAGAAUGCAUCAACAACAACAUCAUCAUCAGCGUCCCGGAAGGCAGAGCCAGCCCCCAAGCCUCCCCUUGCUCCACAACUCCCCAAAAGGAAGAGAGGGCGUCCUGCCAAAGUCAAGCAGGAAGUUGUGGAGGAGCCUCCUGUUGACGAGGAAGUGCCAGAGCCAGUUUCUCCCCCUGCAGAGGAGAUCCAGGAAGAUAUGCAUGGGACCCAUGACCCCUAUAAGAGACGCCUACGGCAGCGUUCCGUGGGGGAGGGAGGGUACGUCAGGCUACACAUGGGGCUGGAGAAGGACCCAGCACCCCCACAGCUCCCCAACACCCCCAAGAAGAGAGGCGGAGGCGCCAAGAGACCAGUUAAAGUGAUUGAGGCCGCAGCGACACUGAUCGGGAUGGAGACUGCUGUCCAGACGGACAUGGAGGAGAUCCUGUCAGUGGAGGGCGUGGCAGACGGAGCUGAGCCUAUCACAGAGCAGGCUGUGGGGGAGUGGCCAGAGCAUGGCCCCGCCCAUCCAGAUGGAGGGAGUGAGGUGGAGGGAGAACACGUCUGUUCAGAGUGUGGACUGUCAUUUCAACGACGCUACGCUCUCAUCAUGCACACGCUCAAACACGAGAAGACCAGGCGAUUCAAGUGUAGCUUAUGUAACAAGGAGUUCCAGUACGCGGCCUCUCUGAGGGCCCAUCUGACCAGACACAAGCACCAGAAGAGUCAGAGGCCGCCCCUGGUCAGGGUCCCCGAGCCCUACGGCGAGGAGGGCCUCGAGGGGGACGGCAGGACCAAGGGACGCACCAAGAGAGAGUUUGUCUGUGACAUCUGUGGAAAGACUCUUCCUAAGCUGUACUCUCUGAGGAUCCACAUGCUCAACCACACUGGGGUACGGCCCCACUCCUGCAGGGUCUGUGGGAAGACCUUUGCUCAUAAACACAGCCUGAAGAUGCACAGAGGUCUUCAUGACGCUGUUAAACAGUUCCACUGUCUGCUCUGUGACAAGUCCUUCGCUAGUAAGAGAAGUCUGGAGGAACACACCAGUAUUCACACAGGUGAAUCUAAGUAUCUCUGUACCCAGUGUGGGAGGUCGUUCCACCGAGCCUCUGGUCUGAGUAAACACUUAAAGAGGCACCAGCCCAGACCUGACGUACGAGGAUUCCCCUGUAGUCACUGUGAUAGAAGUUUCUUUGAGGCCAAAGACCUGCAGCAGCACAUGAACAAACACCUGGGACUCAAGCCCUUCCAGUGUCAGAUCUGUGGGAAGUCUUACAGCUGGAAGAAGGACUGGUACUCCCACGUCAAGUCCCACAGCGUGGCAGAGCCUUACAGGUGUAACGUCUGUGGUAAGGAGUUCUUUGAGAAGGCUCUGUUCAGGAGACAUGUGAAGAAGGCCACGCAUGGCAAGAAGGGCAGAGUCAAGCAGAACCUAGAGAGAGAGUGUGAACACUGUGGCAGGAAGUUCACCCAGCUCCGAGAGUACAGACGACACAUGAACAACCACCAGGGAGUCAAACCCUUUGAGUGUCUUACGUGCGGCGUAGCCUGGGCCGACGCCCGCUCUCUGAAGAGACACGUACGCACCCACACCGGCGAGCGCCCUUACGUGUGCCCCGAGUGCCAGGAAGCCCACAUCGAUGCCCGCUCCCUACGGAAGCACAUGACCAAGUGCCACGGCGACCUCCUGCCGGGGAAGAUCAUGCUGGAGAAAGAUACCCUACAGUUUCACAACCAGGGUACUCAGGUGGAACACGCCGUCUCCAUCCUGGCGUCCGAUCUCCCCCCCGAGCUCCGGCCCGUCCAGCCGCCGCCGGCCGAGGAGAUCGAGACGGUGCUGAUCACGGAGGAGACGGUGGAGGCGGUAGAAGCGGUUCAGGCCGUACAGGGUGACGGGGUCGCGACCUUGUCGGACCAGAGUAUCAUGCAGGUGGUGAACUAUGUGCUGUCCCAGCAAAGUGUGCUGCCUGGGGGGGUGAAGAUGGAGGGAGAUGAAGGGCAGGAGGUAAUACAGACCAUGGAGCAGACCAUGGAGCAGCAGGAGGUAAUACAGACCAUGGAGCAGCAGGAGGUAAUACAGACCAUGGAGCAGCAGGAGGUAAUACAGACCAUGGAGCAGCAGGAGGUAAUACAGACCAUGGAGCAGCAGGAGGUAAUGCAGACCAUGGAGCAGCAGGAGAUUAUACAGACCAUGGAGCAGCAGGAGGUUAUACAGACCAUGGAGCAGCAGGAGGUUAUGCAGACCGUGGAGCAGCAGGAGGGAGAUGGAGGGCAGGAGGUAAUACAGACCGUGGAGCAGCAGGAGGUAAUACAGACCGUGGAGCAGCAGGAGGUUAUACAGACCAUGGAGCAGCAGGAGGUUAUACAGACCGUGGAGCAGCAGGAGGUUAUACAGACCGUGGAGCAGCAGGAGGUUAUACAGACCGUGGAGCAGCUGGAGGUAAUACAGACCAUGGAGCAGCAGGAGGGAGAUGGAGGGCAGGAGGUAAUACAGACCGUGGAGCAGCAGGAGGGAGAUGGAGGGCAGGAGGUUAUACAGACCAUGGAGCAGCAGGAGGGAGAUGGAGGGCAGGAGGUAAUACAGACCGUGGAGCAGCAGGAGGGAGAUGGAGGGCAGGAGGUAAUACAGACCAUGGAGCAGCAGGAGGUAAUACAGACCAUGGAGCAGCAGGAGGUUAUACAGACCGUGGAGCAGCAGGAGGGAGAUGGAGGGCAAGAGGUUAUACAGACCGUGGAGCAGCAGGAGGGAGAUGGAGGGCAAGAGGUUAUACAGACCGUGGAGCAGCAGGAGGUAAUACAGUCUGUUGAGGUGACUCACAUGGCAGAGGUGGAGGGAUGUGACAGACGGCACCUAGUAGACUGACUCAGUCACGAGGCCAGCGUUUCCCAAACUCAGUCCACGUUUUGGUUUUUGCUCUUAACACGACACAGCUAUUUAAAAUGACCAACUCACCAUGGAGCUUUGAUCAUUUGAAUCAGCUGUGUCGUGCUAGGCCAAAAGCUAAACAUGCCCCCCCCCCCCCCCCCCCUUGGCACUUUUGUAACGGCCAUUUCCUGCAAUCUAGAGCAACAAAAAAGGCCUUGAAUGAUAAAUAAAGUUUAAAAAAGAACUUGUUUUCUUUAUUUUAAUUUAAUUUUUACGUAGUGGCGCUGCUAGUCCACAAGGUGGCACUGCGCCCCCUCUUCCAUUAUUUGAGGAGAACCUUGUAGUGUCCCUGAAUCAGCUGGUCAGGUCCGGUGACUAGGGCUAUGUGGUUACUCUAUCCUCUGUUAGAGUACAUUACUGUCGACCAGGGGCCCAUAGGGCUCUGAGUGGGCCGCUAUGUAAGGGGGGAGCCAUUUGAGAGGGACCAUUUUGAGAGGGACCCUUGGAUUGCUAAUCAUAACCCCAGGUGGAGUGAGUGGUAGACCUGCUUCCUCGGCAGAGAUGGGACUGUGUGGAGUAACAGGGCACCUGGGGUUCAGUAGGACACAAAGGAAACUCAUCUGUGUUGUUAUUGGACAGAUUGAGCUCCUGCCUGGCUGUUUUCGUCCUGUUGACCAGGCCCCUGCUCCGCCUCAACCCAGGGGACCAUCCUUCUCUCUACAGUGGGACAGAAAGUACCAUAUAUUUUGUUUAUGUACAUUGAAUGAACUGAGGUUUUGACUUUUCUGUUCGAUCUUGUGUAUAAUGUGUAAUAAAACGACAAUCAUUAAAAUAUUCUGAAUUAAUAAUCUAGGUUCAUUUACUGCCUUCAUGAAGUUCCCCGAUUGUCGAAUCUCAGGAGAGAUGUUUGUUUCAUAGAAUUCUAAAAGAAUCCAGUUGGAUCCAGAUUCACUGUUUCCUUCCUCAUGUAGAAAAACCAGCCUGAUCUGCCAGCUCACAUUCUGUUUUAGAUCAAUCUGGUUUCACAACACUUAGUUUCUUCCUUGUGUUGGUUAGAGCUCUGUUGGGCUUUACAAAUUACCUCAACUAACCUGUACCCAUUGACUUGGUACUCGUAACCCCUCUAUAUAGCCUCAUUAUUGUCAUGUCAUUUUAUAACAUUUAAAAAAAAAAAAAUUUAGUUUAUUUGGUAAAUAUUUUUUUAACUCUUAUUUCUUGAACUGCAUUGUGGGUUAAAGGCUUGUAAAGUGAGCAUUUCACGGUAAGGUCUACCUACACCUGUUGUAUUUUGCACAUUUGACAAAUACUAUUAGAUUUGAUUUGUGAACCUCCCUUCCCGCUGGCCACAGGUUUUCCUUAUUGAGUUGGCUACAGAGCUCUGUUGUGAAACCCCUCUGCCUAAAACUGAAACGUUAUACUACCUAUUGCUCGUUAGGUUCAUCUCUUCUGCUUUUCUCUCAAACACUGAGGACCACAUAGUGUACAUCGUACUGCCAAGAGGUUUACCAAAACAAAAACAUUCCAUAUGAAGGAUUCGUUCUGCUUUAGAUCGUAUAUCUUGUUUAGUCAUCUGCUCUUUUCUGAAACGUUUGUGUGUUUUUAUUUUGUUUUGAGUCAUUUCUUCUUUUUUUUCCCAUUUAGUGAUUGGUUGACACUAUAAACAUGAUCUAUACACAAACUCCCCAACAGCAUUUGGUAACUAGGCGGUAUUUUAUUUUUUGGUUUAUAUCAAAAUAAGUAAUAUAUUUACAAUGCAUUGUAGAAAAAUAAGGAACAGUAGAUUAGACGGUACUGGUUUUCUGCUUUCAAUGUUCCCGACAACAACAACAACAACAACAACAUACUAGGGUCAUGUUUCUCUAACAAUGAUGUACAGUUUUAUAGAACUGUGUUUUAUGGCAACACUCCUCUGACCGUGUGUAUUAGCACAACGACAACAAUGACUUGUGAGAGGACCAGAUUUAUUCAUUUGAAUGAAUACAACAUUAACUCCUUUACUGUUCCGUUCUGGCUUUUAACCACUAACUAUUCUUAAAUUCCUUUUUUUUUUUUUGUCAAAUAUUUACGUUUUUGGGAAAAUACUUAUCAUGUAGCGUUUAGAAAAUAACUCUGUGUGUGUGUGUGUGUGUGUCUGUAUAUACAAUAAUCUCAAUAGGUUUGGCCAUCUAUCAAGUUCAACAAAUAAAAAGACUAUGUGGUUCCAAAAAAACAA